AUGGGUCAAUACAGUAUCACUCCAGCACAACUCAAACUCGCUCGGAACUAUCUAGCCGAAUGGGAAUAUGAAUUCGAGCAGAUACACUACCAACAUCACAUUGAUCGGAUUCACUUCAUAUACCCAUGCAUCCACCUAUCAAACCACCUGGCCUCUGAGGCCGUAUGUGUUGGGUUGCCCAUUUGCUCUUCCCAGUGGACGAUGGAGCACACUAUUGGCAACCUUGGCCAGGAGAUACAGCAGCCGUCCGACCCAUUCUCUAACCUUGCACAGCAAGGCAUUCAUCGGUGCCAGAUCAACGCUCUCAUGGCAAUGCUUCCUAACCUAGAUCCCACAAGUGAAGAUGCCAACCCAUGUGCAUCUGAAGACUUGGGUAAUGGCUAUCUCCUCUUGCCGAAACAUGAUAAACAUGCAAUCGUGGUGCAUGGCCACGAAGCACAGAAUUGCACAUGGCUUGUAAUGUUAUGGCUAUCAUUGGAGGAGAGGACCGCAUUGCAGAGGUUUGAUACUUUGCAAGUGGCCAUUGAGGAUGACAGUGGUGAUGACCUGUAUGGAGACUCUGCCCCUCCGCAGUAUCACUUCGUGAACGUCACUCUGGUCACAUUAUACUCCCAGCCACACCCACGUUUACUCGAGGAAUCAUACGGAGUUGUUGUGUCAAGCACAAACCUAGGUGAUAUCAAUCUGCUAGGCACCAUGGAGGAUAGGUAUUUUUUGGUCGAGAAAAUGGGGUUGGAGCUUGCGCAUGUUGGGACUGAGAAUGAUGAUGAUGAGGAUGCAUAA